AUGAAAGGCGAAAGUCUCUGAAGUGGGCGGGGAGAGGCGUGAGGAGGCGGGCGUGUGUGGUGGCGGAGCGUGUGCCAUGGCGGAAUCUGGGGGGAAGCGGGGCCGCUGGUCCCGAGGUAGCGGUGCCGGCCGAAGGGGUCGAGGCGGCCGGGGCGGCCGGGGCCGGCGUCCUCGGGCUCAGCGGUCUCCAGCCCGGGGCACUCUGGACGUGGUGUCUGUGGACUUGGUCAGCGACAGCGAUGAGGAAAUUCUGGAAGUCGCCACUGUUUGCGGUGCAGCUGACGCGGUUGAGGUUGCGCCCCCGGAGAUUCCUGGGCCGGCCGCGUCCCGGGAUGACAGCGACAGUGACAGCGAAGGGGCGGACGCGCGACCCGCUGGAGCCCCACGGGAGCCGGUCAGGCGGCGGCGCCGGCUGCUGCUGGAUGCCGGGGAGGCGCCGCUGGUUCCGGUGUACUCGGGGAAGGUUGAAAGGAGCCUUCACCUUAUCCCAGACGACCUAUCCCUCCUGAAACUCUACCCUCCAGGGGCUGAGGAAGAGGUGGAGCAGGCAGAUUUGAGUGGUCUCUACCAUGAGGACUCCCCAUCACCAGGCUCUCCCUGGAAGACAAAGCUGAGGACUAAGGAUAAAGAAGAGAAGAAAAGGACAGAGUUUCUGAAUCAGGACAGCUGUCCUCUGCCCACAUCUUCACAAAGGACCAAAAGCAGAAAGCAUACUCGGGCACUCAAGAAAUUAAGAGAGGUGAACAAGCGCCUCCAGGAUCUCCGUUCUUGCCUGAGCCCCAAGCCACCUCAGGGCCAAGACCAACAGGGCCGAGAGGAUGAAGUGGUCUUGGUGGAAGGGCCCAUCCUCCCGGAGACUCCCCGACUCUUCCCCCUCAAAAUCCGGUGCCGGGCUGACGUGAUCAGGUUUCCUGUCAGAAUGUCGGAGCCCCUGCAGAGUGUGGUGGACCACAUGGCUGCCCACCUUGGGGUGUCCCCAAGCAGGAUCCUUUUGCUCUUUGGAGAGACAGAGCUAUCCCCUACUGCCACUCCCAGGACCCUAAAGCUCGGAGUGGCUGACAUCAUUGACUGUGUGGUACUAGCAAGUUCUCCAGAGGCCACAGAGACAUCCCAACAGCUCCAGCUCCGGGUGCAGGGGAAGGAGAAACACCAGACGCUGGAAGUCUCACUGUCUCGAGAUUCCCCUCUCAAGAUCCUUAUGUCCCGCUACGAGGAGGCCAUGGGGCUCUCGGGACAGAAGCUCUCCUUCUUCUUUGAUGGGACAAAGCUUUCAGGCAAGGAGCUGCCGGCUGACCUGGGCAUGGAAUCUGGGGACCUCAUUGAGGUCUGGGGCUGACACCCAGGGUGUCAGGGUAUCUCAGUCCAGGGUAUCUUCCUGUUUGAAGGCCCAGCCUGGACUUGGGGAGAAUGAUUCCCCCUUUUUGCCCCGUAAGGGCUAGCAGACGCUGAGGUAGAACUUAUCUUUAAGCUGCAGCAAAAUCAAGGAGUGACCUUUGUCCUCUCCUGUUGACUCCCGUUUAGAGCCGUUAACUACUUGGUGAGUUCUGUGGGUGUUGUUGCUCUGAGUGGCCUGUGGCUCCGUCUACAAGUCAUACUGGGUUUUGCAGCCCUGUGACCUGGAGAUGUCCCCUUACCCUUCCCCUUUCACCAUCAUCCCCUUACCCUCAUGGAAAGGUCUGCUCUAUGAAACUAUGCACAUACUGAAAGUGAGUUGAAAUAAAUGAGGGUUGGGUAUGAGCUUCCAGGCCUGGGAAUUACACCAUGUCUAGCCCAGCAGAGGCCUUAGUCCCAUCUGUGCCUUGGGACUGACAUUUGCUUGAGGCUCAUACACUGGUGUGGUUGCCUGGCUUGCAGGAAAUGACCAAGCUCACACAUGUUGGCUGAAGCAUAAGCAGACAACUGGGGGACUCUAUUGAAGGGUAAAGGUGGUGGAUUCUCAGCCCAGGGUGUCUUUCUCACCCCAGGACCCUUCAGAGCCACCCUUUCUAGUUUACACUUCCUGGUGCACACAUUUAAGGCAUAACAGCACAUUCAGCCCUUUGGUUUUAGAUCUCAGGAAUACAGUCCCAUAUGAGGAUUCUCUGGUUUUAUGGCUUUUUUCCAUUUCUUUAUACCAUCCUCUCCCAUAAGCGCCCAUGUCUUUAAAUAUGAAUGUAGUAUUGUAAAAUACCAAAUUUCAUGUGUGAAUAUGUGCUUUUACUGUACAUAGUGCUAUUGUUCAAUAGGUCUUAUGCCAUUUUCACCCAAUGUGUGUUAAGAUAUAGACCUAUUCCCUCUUCUAGAAAUGCACCAUUGCUUUGACCUGCCACAUGGCACUCCACAGUGUCAAUUGGAAUUUACACACAUUGCCUAAAGUGGGGGAUACCUGGGUGCUUCCGACCUGUCGGCACCGGACACAAGGCCACGAUAAACAUCCUUUCGUGUGUCCCCUUCUGUGCUUGUGUGAAACGUUCACCGGAAUAUGUACCCAGGAUGAGCUUACAGGUCAUAGAGAUCAGUUUCUUUAUGGUUUUCCAGAUUUUUCUUUAGAAUGGUGACUGACCCUCCUACUUGAGACCGCCCAUUUCUCCUAAUCCUCGCCAGCACUUGUAUUGCUGGACUUCCUGAUUUUUGUCAGUCUGAUGGGUAGAUAGUGGUGCUGUGCUUUAAUGUAGAUUCAUCUGAUCAGCAUUCAUUUGGGGAAUUUUUUCACCUAUCAGCAUUUUUUCACCUACCAGCCUUUCUGGUUUCCCUUUCUGUUCAUUGCCUGUUUUUUCUUGGGGUUUCUUGUCUUUUUUUGGGUUAUUUUCAGUAGUGGCUUGUACAUUCCUGGGCAACUGCAAAUAACUCCAAGAAUGCAUAUUUGGGCUGGGCAUGGAGGCUCACACCUAUAAUAACAGCACGUUGGGAGGCCGAGGUGGGAGGAUCGCUUGAGCCUAGGAGAUCAAGACCAGCCUGGGCAACAUAGUGAGACCUCGUCUCUACAAAAAAAAAAAAAAAAAAAAAUUUAAAGUGGGGGAAAAAAUGGAAAAUUUCUGUGUCUAAGGGUAUCCUUCACUGAUAAGAAAUUCUUAAUUUUGAAUGGGUGUGGUGGCUCAUACCUGUAAUCCCAGCACUUUAGGAGGCCGAGUUGGAUGGAUCACUUGAGGCCAAGAGUUCAAGGCCACCCUGACCAACUUGGUGAAAUCCCGUCUCUACUAAAAAUACAAAAAUUAGCUGGAGGUGAUGGCGCAUGCCUGUAAUCCCAGCUACUGGGGAUUACUGAGGAAGGAGGAGCACUUGAACCUGGGAGGUGGAGGUUGCAGUGAGUCGAGAUCGCAUCAGUGCACUUCAGCCUGAGUGACAGAGUGAGACUGUCUCAAAAAAAUAAAAGAUAAAGAAAUUCUUAGUGUAGACCGUAUGAACUAUAAUCCUGCAGCUGGUUGCUUUUUGAUUGCUUAUUUAAUAGCAUUAAGAUAUUUUACAUUUUCUCCUUUUAGCUAUUCAGCUUUUCCUUUCAUACUGAGAAUACUACACAGGACUGAAAGCUAGCUGGUACACACAGGGCUGGCGCCUUGGCUGCAUCUGUUCUCAACAGUCAGGCACUUCUUCUGAUAGGUUAAUGCUGGGCUAUACUGCUUGCUAAAUAUUAAACAUUACUUUAAAACUAUUUGAGAUGCACUUUUGUACUCGGGAGGUAGAGGCAGGAGGAUCGCUUGAGCCCAGGAAUUUGAGACCGGUUUGGGCAACACAGCGAGACCUUUUCUCUUAAAAAAAAAAAAAAUCCA